CCUAUUGCUUAUUUAGGUUUUUUUUGAAAAUUCAGUUGCUUGUUGAUGCUACUGGAUAGCCGAGGUUAUUCGAUCGUAGACCAUGGACGACGUUGAUCGAUUGUUCCAGUGUUUCAGAUGCGGAGUUUCUCCUCCUGAAUCGGCUGUAAAAGAAAGAAGAGCAAGUAACAGGUUGAAGCAAGUAAAACCCAUACAUGAUUUGGCCAAAACAUCAAGCCCACUGUCUGCAAAAUCGACAAACCCAGAAAAUGCCCAUGAAGAUGCUCAGGUUAAUUCCUCUACAAUUAAAGAAAACACGGUUGUUAAACAGAAGGAUUUCUCUCCUAUCAUAUUUUAUGGUUCGCCACAUGGUGUCCCUCCAAAAAAGCCUACCCGCUUGUUGCGAUUAUUGCGUGAGAUACGUAUUGACCUUGCUAAGCAGAAUAAACCAAGGGAAAAAAUAUGGUAUACAUUCCCGAGGCAGGAUCACGCAAUGAAGUUCUCAAAAGACCAUCCACAUGCACGCAUUUUCUGUUACCAAGAUCAUGCAAAUGGCCAAAGAAGGUUCCUUGUUACGUCAUAUGAGGAGUUUUGGCAAAGGUACAAAAGUAUGAAUCCAAAAUCACGGCACCAUUAUGAAGUGAUUCAGGAGGGAUUGCCAUGCCACCUGUAUUUUGAUUUGGAGUUCGAUAAGUGGUGCAAUGCUGAAAAGAAUGGCGAUGAAAUGGUUGAUAUACUGAUAUCAGUUGUUUUUGAAAUCCUUUCUGAUAAGUACUCCAUUGAGGCCAAACAAGACUGGAUUAUAGAACUUGAUUCUUCAACUGAAGCAAAGUUUUCACGGCACCUAAUUAUUUGCUUGGAAAAGGCUGCUUUUAAGGACAACUCACAUGCUGGUGCAUUUGUUGCUGAGGUAUGUUCAAAGAUCAACAAUGCAAGGGAGAACAAUGAAAGAUAUGAAAGCUUAUUUGUUAAUAAAGAUUCGAAUUCUGCUGGAAUCUCAUGCAAUCUUUUUGUGGAUACUGCUGUUUAUACAAGAAAUCGUUGCUUUCGCCUCCAUUUAUCAUCAAAAGCAGGGAAAAAAGCUAUUCUUCUACCAAGUGGGCGUUUCAAGUGUAAGAACAUGAGUGAGGAAGAAGUUUUUAUGGCAUCAUUGAUAUGCAGAAUGGACAAUGACUGUGAAAAGCUUCUCAUAUGCAAGAUGGAUCUAGAAUGUGUGAGAGCUCUGCACUUUGAUACAGAGGUGACCUAUGACGUACAAAAGCAUUCAGAAUCAUCUCAACAAUUUACAGUAAGUGCUUAUACAAGUGAUCUGUCCAGUACUUAUUUGAUGGGGAGAUCACCCUUUCCUGCUUUAGACUUGUUCGUGGAAUCUGUUGCCUCCACAGGAAAUAUACCAGGAAAGAUCUAUAGUUGGUAUUGGAUCUCAGAGUAUGGGUUGAUGGUUUACAGUAUGUCAAGAAAUAGGUUUUGCGAACGAAUUGGUAGAGAGCAUAAAAGCAAUAAUGUUUUAUAUAUUCUCGGUCUAAGAAGUGGUGUUUAUUAUCAGAAGUGUCAUGAUCCUGAUUGCCAAGGAUAUCGAUCCCCAUUCCGCAUCAUCCCUUCAGAUGUUGUUAAUGGUACUAGACAAUUAUUAAAUCCCGAAGGGUCAGUUAAUGAUAACUUGGAACAUCAGUUUGCUGAAGAUGGUGGUGAUCACAUAAUGUGUCAUAGUGAUGACAACAUAACAAACAGCUGCAAGAAAGACGGAUGGUGGAGUGAAGCUAUACGAUUUGCAGACAACAUUGAGAAAAUCCAAAAUUCGCAGCAGUACACUGAAAUGGAUGAAGGAAAUGAUGGAGAUGAAGAAGAUUGGUGGAAAGCAGCAGAAAGAACAGCAGCUGAGACUGAAGUGAACUUCUUCAGCCAAAUCUAAGCUGUCUUAACCUCUACUAAGGUCUGUCCAUCUAUAUGUACUGCAUUUUGUUUACGGCUAAGGAAGAAUACCCAUGAUACAACGUUGCUGAUAUUGUGGGGUUGUAGUUAUACAUGGGAAUAUGAUCAAUCUACUUUAUUGAUUUUAUAUUUCCAUGAAGUUUCUAUCUGUUUAUUAUUCUAAUGUUCUAGUUUAGAAGAUGAUUAGCAGCCUCACAUAUUUUUGUAGUUUUAGACAUGAACAAGAGGAGAGUUGAGAGAAGAAUAUCCAUGACACAAUAGUUAAAGGGUAACUAAUGAACAUGCUUUUUCAUGCCACGUGUCAACCCUUAAUUUGUUUAUUUUUCAUGGGUAAUUUAAGAAUUGUGGGUUGAAUUGUUAUUUCAAUUUUAAUCUGCCUCUUGAUUCUUUCUAAUUAUUCAUGUAUGAUUAGUUU